AAUUUGCCUCCUGCCCGGGUUCCCUCCCGCGCCACGACCCCACGACGCCAGCAUGACGAUGGUAACCGAGACGAUCCCUGCGCCGGUCGUGCCUAGCAGCAAGCUCCUCCUCGCGUCGACCGAGGUCCGCGUUCCCCAUGACGACGACGACGACGAUGCAACCUCGACCGACAAGAACGAAUCGGACGACGACGACACGACCAACCAAGCCUCGGACGCGCCAAGCAACCAGAGCGACAACGACGACCAAGUUGCUGCGAGCAUCGUUGCCUACUAUACGAUCUACUACCCGGCCUGCGCCGAGCGCUCCAUGUACCAUGGAACGUACCAGAACGUGCCGCUGGCGACCCGCUUCCCGCCAGCAUCGUACCUGCAAGUCGUGCUCACCGCGUCAUCGGGCGCGCUCUGCGUGGCCACGGACGUUGCGAUCACGUUCAUCGACUGCGCGAAUGGCGUGGCGGCGCCGCGCCUCUGCCUCCGCGGCGAUUCCCAUGACUUAUGUGCGGUGUUGAAGGCCGUCGACUUUCGGGCACCGGACGCUGCGAGCGGCGUUGCGACGAUUGAAAUGCGUGUGGCGACGAUCCUUCGCGCCGCGCCCUCGCCCAUGGCUGCUGCUUUGUCCAAGCUCUGGGUACGAACGGGCGGUGCGCGGGUUGACGCGGACGACACGACGAGCAUGUCGCCCCGUCGUCGCCAGAGCCUUGCGUACAACACGAGCGUGACGUACGUUCCCGCGGUCAAGCACACGGUGCGCGAGAUUCCCAGCGGUCUCUGGGUGCCCAAGCGAUCAUCGGUGCCCACGCCGCCCGUCGCGUCGUCGUCGACUUUUGACGACGCGUCGAUCCAGUCGAUGCUCGACAACUGCGAAGCCGAGCUCUACGUCGCGCCGUCCUCGAGCCGCACGACAUACUACACGCUACACUACCCGAGCCGCGCCGAGGCGUCCAUGUGGUCGGGCGCGUGGUCGACCAUCCCGUUCGCACCACUGUCGACGCACUCGUCGCAGCAACAAAUCGUCCACGUGUCGACGUCCGAGGGUCACUUGCGUUACACGGCGUCCACGUCGAGUGCAAUCUCGACGACGGGCAGCGAGACGCGCGUCCUCGCACUGCAAGGCCACGCGACGGACCUCAACGCCGCCCUACGUGACGUCCUCUUUGUUGCGCCUAGCACCGCCAGCGGUGUCGCCACCAUCCAAAUGGACGUCACAUUGGCUACGCCGACGGCCUCGUGCACGCUGCACUAUCCGCUCGCCGCGUCGAGUCCCAUGUGGAACGGCCAGUGGACCAACCUGCCGAUGUCUUUGCCCCGCGGCAAGGCAACAACUGUCUCGGCGACGUUGACGGUCUCGGAAGGCACUUUGACAACACAAGACGCCGCUCACGCGACAACGGUGACGCUGGAAGGCUCGUACGCAACCGUCGCCGAUCAGUUGCGCCUCGUGGUCUUCCAUGCUCCCGCCAACGGCACUGGCAGUGCGAUCAUUGACAUGCAUUACAAGGUGCUUCAACACGCCGAGAUUGUGGACAAUGAGCCCACCGUCGCUGAGGUCCCUGCUCCCAUUGAGGUUGUCGUCACCCGCGCCGCGCCCAAGGUCGCGAGUCCCGCGACUGCCAAGCUCUGGGUGCACACGGGUGGUGCUGGCGUCGAUGCUGCGCCGCUCGCUGGGCCUGUCACCGUACAUACGGUUGCCGCGCCGUCGUUUGACGUGACCAAGACGUACACGCCGUCGUCCAAGAGUCCGGCGCAUGCUGCUGGCACCUUUGGCAAGGGUCUCUGGGUGCCGGCCAAGUCGCCGACGGCAGCCAAGACGCCUGUCGUCGAAGCUGGCGCGUCCGUGUACUCGCUGCAUUACCCGGCGCAGUCCAAAUCGGAGUCCAUGUGGCACGGUGUGUGGGUCGGUCUCCCGAUCGCACUUCGCUACGCUGACGCUGCCGUUGUCAAGGUCUCCAUGUCGGUGACCGACGGCACACUUCGCGUCGCGACGACGGACGCUGCGGUCGAGGUCGUGGUCGCUGAGCCGCACCGACUCGUGCUGGAAGGUUCGGUGGCGAGCGUGAAAAAGACGCUGCGUGCAGUGAUGUACCAAGCACCGUCGACGUCGGCGGGUGUCGCGAUGAUCUCGUCCAAGACGACGCUGGUCCACGACGCUCCGGCGCCCGUGUCGGCUACUGCGUCGACGUUCACGCUGCACUACCCGCGCGAGAUCUCGGCCAUGUGGAACGGACGCUGGAGCCACUUGCCGGUCGCUGCGCCGCGUGCGGCCGCCGCCGACAUGCAGGUGUCGAUGUCGGUGUCGGAGGGUCUUCUUGCGUCGGCCGACGGUGCUGUGAUGGCGUCGCUCGUGCUGCGUGGUUCGACCAAGGACGUGGCCGCGCAGCUGCGCCAGGUCGAGUUCAUUGCGCCUGCGAGCGGGUCUGGUAUCGCUGUCGUGAGCAUGGACUACGAGAUUAUCAGCGCGGCCGAGCCGGUCGCGAACCCUGCGACGUCCAAGCUGUGGGUGCGUACGGGUGGCUCGGACUUUGACGCGGCACCGAUCGUGGGUCCUGUGACGGUCCACGGCGUCGCGGCGCCGUCGUUUGACGUGACCAAGACGUACACGCCGUCGUCGUUGUCCAGCAAGAGUCCGUCGCAUGCCGGCGGUGCGUUUGGCAAGGGUCUCUGGGUGCCGUCCAAGUCUCCGGUGGCGACGGCAGCUCCUACUGUCGUCGAGAAGGCGGCUCCUACUGUUGUCGAGAAGGUAGCCCCGGCGGUCGUUGAGACGGCUGCUCUGAUCGAGACGUCGGCGCCAGUUGUGGAUGCGAACGCUGCUGUCUACACGUUGUACUACCCGGCGCAGUCGACGGCGACGUCGAUGUGGUCGGGCGCAUGGUCGGGUCUCCGUGUACCCUUGCGGUUUGAAGCGGAUGCUAUCGUUCAAGUGACUCUCGCGACGGCGUCUGGAACACUCCGCGUGGACACGAACGACGACGCCUUGACGUUUGUCGACGGUGCCAGGAACCUCGCGACGUCCCGCAUCGUGUUGCGCGGUCCCGUGACGGCGCUCCAGACGGCGCUGCGUAGCGUCGUGUACCAAGCGCCAACGGCCGAAGCCGGUGUCGCGACUAUCGACGUCGAUCAUGUUUUGGUGGCCGACGCUGCGACGCCGACGUUCACCGUGACGCUGCACUACCCGCUUGUGACGUCGUCCAUGUGGAACGGCCAGUGGACGAACUUGCCGUUGCAGCUCCCGCGCACCUCGUCGGCCGUCGUCGCGCUCUCGAUCGCCGUCUCGGAAGGCGCCUUGUCGCUGGCGCAGAAUGAGCAGACUGUGUCGUUGCAGUUGCAGGGACCGCCCACCGAUGUUGCGCGCCAACUCCGCACCGUCGUAUUCCAUGCACCGGCCGCUGCCACCGGUACCACGGUCAUCGAAAUGAAGCUCUCGACCAAGACCGAGGCUGUCUCCGUCGAUGCGCCAACGACGAAUGCAGCCGCGGCACUUGAGCCCAUCCAGAUGAGCACUCCCGUCGAAGCCGUCACCCGCGCCGCGCCCAAGGUCGCGAGUCCCGCCACUGCCAAGCUCUGGGUGCACACGGGUGGAGCUGGCGUCGAUGCCACGCCGCUCGCUGGGCCUGUCACCGUGCAUACGGUCGCCGCGCCGUCGUUUGACGUGACCAAGACGUACACGCCGUCGUCCAAGAGUCCGGCGCAUGCUACUCGCACUUUCGGCAAGGGUCUCUGGGUCCCGGCCAAGUCGCCGACGGCAGCCAAGACGCCAGUCGUCGAAGCUGGCGCGUCCGUGUACUCGCUGCACUACCCUGCACAGUCCGAAUCGGAGUCCAUGUGGCACGGUGCGUGGGUCGGUCUCCCGAUCGCACUUCGCUACGCCGACGCUGCCGUUGUCAAGGUCGCCAUGUCGGUGACCGACGGCACUCUUCGCGUCGUGACGACGGACGCUGCGGUCGAGGUCGUGGUCGCUGAGCCGCACCGACUCGUGCUGGAAGGUCCGGUGGCGAGCGUGAAGAAGACGCUGCGUGAUGUAGUGUACCAAGCACCGUCGACGUCGGCGGGUGUCGCGAUGAUCUCGUCCAAGACGACGCUGGUCCACGACGCUCCGGCGCCCGUGUCGGCCACUGCGUCGACGUUCACGCUGCACUACCCGCGCGAGAUCUCGGCCAUGUGGAACGGACGUUGGAGCCACUUGCCGGUCGCUGCGCCGCGUGCGGCCGCCGCCGAUAUGCAGGUGUCGAUGUCGGUGUCGGAGGGUCUUCUUGCGUCGGCCGACGGUGCUGUGAUGGCGUCGCUCGUGCUGCGUGGUUCGACCAAGGACGUGGCCGCGCAGCUGCGCCAGGUCGAGUUCAUUGCGCCUGCGAGCGGGUCUGGUGUUGCUGUCGUGAGCAUGGACCACGAGGUUAUCAACGCGGCCGAGCCGGUCGUCGAAGAGAAGCCAGUCGUCGAAGAGAAGUCGACGACUGCUGUCAUUGAACGUGCUGCGCCCAAGGUCGCGAACCCUGCGACGUCCAAGCUGUGGGUGCGUACGGGUGGCUCUGACUUUGACGCAGCACCGAUCGUGGGUCCUGUGACGGUCCACGGCAUCGCGGCGCCGUCGUUUGAUGUGACCAAGACGUACACGCCGUCGUCGUUGUCCAGCAAGAGUCCGUCGCAUGCCGGCGGUUCGUUUGGCAAGGGUCUCUGGGUGCCAUCCAAGUCUCCGGUGGCGACGGCAGGUCCUACUGUCGUCGAGAAGGCGGCUCCUACUGUUGUCGAGAAGGCAGCUCCGGCGGUCGUCGAGACGGCUGCUCUGAUCGAGACGUCGGCGCCAGUUGUGGAUGCGAAUGCUGCUGUCUACACGUUGUACUACCCGGCGCAGUCGACGGCGACGUCGAUGUGGUCGGGCGCAUGGAGCCAACUGCCCAUCGCUGAGAAGCGAGUCUGUGGCUCGACGCUCGUCUCGCUGACAGUGUCGACCUCGGUUGGCUCGUUGGUGCUUUCGGAUGCCAGCGCUGUCGUCUCGUGGCGCGAAGGCACUUCCGCCGUGCCGUCCUCGCGUCUCGCGUGCAAGGGUUCGUACACGGACCUCCAGUCGCUCGCCCGUACACUUGUGUUUACGGCGCCGAGUGACGCCGCUGGUGUCGCGUUCGUUGCCGUGUCGUGGGUCAUUCUCGAAGACGACGUGCUUGCUGUCGAGGACAACGUCGAUGCUGAAGUCGUAGAAGCAGUGUCCCUGCCGAAGGCGUGCCCAUCACUACUCAGUGCGGCCGCGCAACGCUAUACGCUCUUCUACCCAUCGACGACGGACUCUGUCUCCAUGUGGCAAGGAUGUUGGAAGGGUCUUCCAGUCUCGCUUCGCUACGCCGAAGACACGAUUGUCGACGCCUCCUUUGCGACGGUCGACGGUACGCUGAGCCUGCACACGCUGCACCCGUACAUCGAAUUCAUCGACGGCAGCAACGAUGAGCACGUGACCCUUCUGACGCUGCGUGCGUCGGUCGCCGACCUUGCCAACGCCGUCCAAGACGUCGUCUUUCACGCGCCAGGUGCAGCCAGCGGCGUCGCUAUCAUCGAGAUGGACGUGGUCGUCAUCGAUGACGCGUCGCUGUCCGUGGACGACGAUUGGCACACGGCGCCGCCAGUCUCCAUGUACGAGCCCAGUGUGCCGGCCGCGACGUACACGCUGUACUACCCGCCGACGCCCGACUCGUGCUUUGUCAUGUGGGAAGGCGAGUGGACGCACGUGCCGAUCACGCCGCUUCGGCUGCCCGAGCACUGCAUCCUCGAGCUCGAGCUCUCGGUGACGAAAGGUCUGCUGUCGCUGGCCACUGGCAACGUCGAUGUCGAGUUCCUCGACUGCGACGCCGAAGUGUCGACGCACCAGAUCACGGUCAAGGGCUCAGUGCCGGACCUCAACGACGUGCUCAAGGACGUCGUGUACAUUGCACCGAGUGACGCGGGUGGCGUCGUUACAAUCGAAAUGGAUUACGUCAUUGUCGGGCACGUCGAAGACGACGAGUUCAGUGACGACGAUCAAGAGUUUGUCGACGUUGUGCUUCCAACGCCGUCGUCGAUGUGGGCGACGCCCGAUGCCUUUGAGGCCAAGCCGCUGCCGAGCCUCACGAUCGCGUCCAUGGAAGCCAAAGAGUCGCCCCGGUCGCCGCUCUGGGUCUCGUCGGGCGAAUCGACGGUCGCGCUGGCGCCGAUCGUGGGCACGCCCGUCUCACGCAACGCUGCCAACACGUACGACGAUGUCCCGAACCCAAACGAACCGUCGGAGCACUCAUCUUUUGAUAGUGCUCACGGCAGCGGCGGUAUGUGGGCGCCCAAGCGCACCCCGUCGGCGGUCUCGGACGACGUGCACCAAAUGUCGCUCGACGAGUUCCUCGCCCGCGACACAAGCAAGGACGCGACCGAAGCCUCGUACGCGGCCUCCGACUCGACGUACCUUCCGGCGUCCGAGUGCGACUUUGUGCCGACGGUGCGUCCGAUGGACCUCGAGAUUGGCGGGUCGCCAUCGUCAGUCGCGACGGCCGACAUUCCCAUGAGCCCGCGCCCCGAGACGAAUCGGGCUUCCAAGGCCAACCGCGACUCGGUCACCAAGAAGACGUUCUGGCCCAAGUGGCUCGUCAACGCCUUCAAGCGCAAGAAGAGCCAUUGAGCCACCGUCUUCCAUAAAGGACCUGCUCUGGCUACGAUCGCAGUAGUUUAGAAGCAGCCACAUGUGACGUUCCUAGUCAAGCCUCGAAAUGACAUGUAUG